UCUAAGUGGAAAAGAGUGUUAAAUACAACGAGCUAGACAAAGCGAAUCUUCUAUUUGCAGUGUUAGCUAGAGAUGAGCGAUAUUGUGAUUUCUUGAGUCACUGUGUCAAUUGUACUUGUGAUUGUGCUUUUCACACAUCGGUGACAAGUUUCGAUCGAAAAGAAAUUGGCAAAUGAAGAUAGUUGAAUGUCUGUUACUUUCGGUUUUUAAGUACUUGUGAAAAGUCACAGCUAAAGGCCAACAAAAUCGCAAGUUGUGCAUGUGUUUUGUGAUUGUGAGUGAGGAGUAAAGUAGAGGCGGCAACAACAACGAUUACAACAACAACACCAACGACAAACCACAACGAGAGAGCGCAACUCUGUCUCUGCCUGCAGAUGUUGUGAAAAUAAGUAGCCGAAAAAUAAUAAAAAAAAAGCAAUAAGAAAACAAAAGCAUAAAUAAAAAAUAAAUUAAAAACUGCUUUGCUGGCUUAACGGACUUCACGUCGUUGUCUUUAUUAAAAAAGCAUGGAAGUCCAAACCGUGAAUAGCCUGCACAGCACAGCCGCCCUAUUAUCAUCAUUGCAGGUAGCAAAUAGCGCCAGUCCAAAUGGAACGCCUAAGAAGAAGGGUGCCGCCAAUGCGGGCGCCUCAUCCGCUAAGCAAUCCUCCACAGAAGCUGCCAUUCUCGAGCAGCUGAGCAAGCAGCAGCAACAACAACAACAGCAACCACAACCAGAACAGAAACAACUGGAGUCGGGAAAUCACAGUCGCGACUGCGAUAGUCCAGCCAGUUCAAAUUCCGAGUUGGAAAAGGAUUUCAAUGAGUUGAGGGAUUUAAAUGGUUCACUCACUGGCAGCGGCAGUGUUGGCAAAUCAAAUGGUUCAAUAAGCGGCGCCUCUUCGACCAAUUCAGCGACACCUGGCGGUGGUGGUGGUGCAACUGCCACUGUUCCCAUCUUAAAUGGCAGCCCUCAGACAGUGGGCGCUGCUGGAGCGGCACAAUUGAAGAAACGCAUCUCAAGCAGCCGGGCACCGACCCGUAAGGCACAUCGCAUUAAGUUCUAUCGGAAUGGGGAUCGUUUCUAUCCCGGCAUCACCAUACCUGUGUCCAAUGAGCGAUAUCGAUCCUUUGAGAGCCUCUACGAGGAUCUGACACGGCUGCUCGAAGAGAAUGUCAAGAUUCCAGGUGCUGUGCGAGCCAUCUACACCAUGUGCGGCAAAAAGAUCUCCGCCUUUGAUGAGCUGGAGGAUGGACAGAGCUACGUUUGUUCCUGCAAUAACGAGAACUUUAAGAAGGUGGAGUAUAAUACCAGUUCGCAGCCACUGGCAAAUCUGACGCUGGCGAACAAUGGACGAUCGACUAAUCAGCGUCUGGCGAAGCUUCAGCGUCCCGCCUCACCGUUAAAGAAUGGCGCCUUGAACAACAGCAGCAGUGGUGCAACAGUGUCGAAUGGUGGUGCAAGUGGUGCUGGUGCUAGUGGUGGUGGUGGUGCUGCUGCCACAAAUGGUUGUCCGUUGAACACAUCCCGUUUCAGUGAACGGGACAGCAUUGUGCAUCCACGUAUCGUAACAUUGAUACGGAAUGGCACAAAGCCACGACGGAUUAUGCGUUUGCUGUUGAACAAACGUAACAGUCCCAGUUUCGAGCAUGUCCUGACCGCCAUCACGCAGGCGGUGCGACUUGAUACAGGGUAUGUGCGCAAGGUGUUUACAUUGUCUGGUGUUUCGGUCGCUCAACUGGCCGAUUUCUUUGGCAAGGAGGAUGUAUUCUUAACGUAUGGCACGGAGCGUGUGAACACCGCCGAGGACUUCAAACUGGAAGCCGAUGAGCAGCGUGCUAUCAAUGCCAUACGCAAGACACUCCGCACAGCGGGCACCACAUGCAAGGGGCCCAAACCGAAGAUGCCGGUCAAGAGCAAAAAGGUAUAUCCAACGGAACCAACACGACCACGUGACGGCGGUGAUGAGGCCACCGAUGAGGAUGUUGAAGCGUCGCUACUUAACAGCACAGGCGUUGAAAUUGGCGAUUUACCCGUCGCCAUUCGAGAUAACUACACGCUGGGCAAAAUGAUUGGCGAUGGCAACUUUGCCGUUGUGCUAAGGAUCAAAGAUCGACAGACGGGCUUGCCCUAUGCCCUCAAGAUUAUUGACAAGAGCAAGUGCAAGGGCAAGGAGCACUACAUCGAUGCGGAGGUACGCGUGAUGAAGAAGCUACAGCAUCCGCACAUCAUAUCGCUCAUCAUGGAUGUCGAUCAGGUGACAAACAUGUACCUCGUUCUGGAGUAUGUGAGUGGCGGCGAUCUAUUCGAUGCCAUCACGCAGGUUACACGCUUCUCGGAGAACCAAUCUCGUAUCAUGAUCCGCCAUCUGGGCUCGGCCAUGUCUUAUCUACAUUCCAUGGGUAUUGUGCACAGAGAUAUCAAGCCAGAAAAUCUUCUUGUCGAACUUGACAAGCAUGGGAAUGUUGUGGAGCUUAAGCUAGCCGAUUUUGGAUUGGCCUGCGAGGUAACUGAACCACUGUAUGCCGUGUGCGGCACACCCACCUAUGUGGCGCCCGAAAUUCUGCUAGAAGUGGGCUACGGAUUGAAGAUUGACGUUUGGGCUGCCGGCAUCAUAUUGUACAUACUCCUCUGUGGUUUUCCGCCAUUUGUGGCACCUGAUAAUCAACAGGAGCCGCUAUUUGAUGCCAUCAUUUCGGGCGUUUAUGAAUUUCCAGAUCCCUACUGGUCGGACAUCGGCGAAGGUGUACGCGAUCUAAUCGCCAAUAUGCUACAGUCGGAUCCAGAUGUUCGCUUCACCAGCGAAGAUAUACUAGAUCAUUUUUGGACAAGUGGACAGUGGGAAACAUUUUAAGCGGAUUUGAUGAAACGUGGCCGUGUCCUGUGUUUUUUGAUCAAUUGUUAAACACACCUAUUCACGAUGCCGCUGGUAGUUUUUGUAUUAUGUAAUUUAGCGCUAUUAUAUAGGCCUUAAUUUAUUAUUUAUACAUAUUAACAUACAGACACACACACAGACGUAUAUAUAUAUACUACGGUACAGUUUGUCGUUAAGUAAGGAUAACAACAUAAUCUAUAACAAAAUGAAGAAAACAUAACAACGUGACUGGCAAACAAUGAAGUUGCGAACAGUUUUCAGAAAUUCCAAUGUAGAAACCGUUUACGGUUCGCUAAUUUAUAUUCUUAUUUAACGCA